AUGGCUCCACUCCACUCACCCGCCACCCAGCUCCUCCAAACUUGGAAUGUUUCUCCUCCACCCUUCGCCGGCGGCGACACCACCACCACCGUUCUUCCAUCCACCUUCUUUGAUCUCAUCUUCAUGCACUUCCAUCCAGUUCAACGUGUCUUCUUCUAUGACUUCCCUCAUUCCUCUCACCACUUCAUCUCUUCUGAACUCCCAAGCCUGAAAUACUCCUUAUCUAUCACACUCUCCCGCUUUUACCCCCUCGCUGGGCGUUUACUCAUGCACGCCAGCGGCAAGCCGGAGCUUGUCUUCACUGCAGGGGAUUCAGUGUCUGUAACCAUUGCAGUGUCUUCUGAUGACUUCGAUGAGCUCUCUAGUGAUCAUGCACGUGAGAUGUCAAGAUUUCAUCCGUUGCUUUCUAAACUCAUUGAGAAAGAAGUGCUUGCUAUUCAAGUCACAAUCUUUCCAAACUCCGGCAUCAGCAUCGGAACAACAAUGCAUCAUGGUGUUGGUGAUGGUGCUACUUACUCUCAUUUCAUGAAGACGUGGUCGGCGGUUCAUCGAUUUGGUGAUCUCGCUGGCUUUUCGAUGGUGUUGCCCCCUUUUUUUGACCGGAGUAAAAUGAGGGAUGAUAGAGGCCUCGAGAGAUUGUUCAUGGAUGAGUUGGAAGAGUUUAAGGGUGGUGAUGGGCUCGAGAAAUGGGAUCUUCAUGGAUGCAAUGAUGUAGUUCUUGCUACAUUUGUGUUUGGAAGGGAGAGAUUGGAGAAGAUGAAGAAGAAGACUUUAGCAAGAAUUGAGCCUGCAUUGCCGACAAAUUAUUUCGGCAAUUGUUUAGGCAUAUGUUGCGUUGAAGCUAAGAGAACAGAGGUUGUUGAAGAGAAAAGAUUGGUGGCUGCUGAGGCGAUAUGGGAAGUGAUCAAAGGGUUGGAAGAGGGAGUGAUGGAGAGAGCUGAUAAGUGGGUGAGGAAUGUGUAUAAAUAUGCGUCGGAGAGAGCAAUGACGGUGGCAGGAUCGCCGAAGUUGGGUGUUUAUGAGGUUGAGUUUGGUUGGGGGAAGGCGAAGAAGGUGGAGAUUGUGUCGAUAGAGAGGACGGGAGCGGUGUCCUUGACGGAGAGCAGAGAUGGUGAAGGAGGUAUAGAGGCUGGCCUUGCAUUGCCUCGCAGUGAAAUGGAGGAGUUUGUUACUUGUUUUUUCAAUGGUUUCAUGGAUGAGAUUGGAGGCAGUUGA